UUGUCAGUGACAAUAGGUUUGUGAGAAACCUUGUGUCCCAGCAGCUCAGAGUGCUUCAGAUCCCAGCAGAUCAGAGUGCUUCAGAUCCCAGCAGAUCAGAGUGCUUCAGAUCCCAGCAGAUCAGAGUGCUUCAGAUCCCAGCAGAAGGGUUAUCAGUCUGCACUCAGCAUAAUGGGCAUAGGGAAAAUCAUCUUCAGAAUAAUGAUCGCCAUUAUAAUCCUCCUGUUGUUUAUCUUAGCUCUGAUUAUCGGCAUUGGCAUCGCAGGAAAAAAUGGUUUAACAGUAACAGUAGAUUACUCGGUGGGGCUGAUAGGUGAAGACGGAAUACUGAAAUGCUCGUUCCCUCCUGAUGUUAAAGUGACUACGGACAUCCAAUGGGAGAAAGAUGGGGUAAGCGGGACAGUGUACAAGUACGCCAACGGUCAAAAUGAUCUGGCAGGACAGAAUGCAGCCUACAAGGGGCGCACUGCACUUUUCCCCACCCAGCUGGUAACAGGAAAUGCCUCUUUAAAGCUUACCAAGGUGAAACUAUCUGAUGCUGGACUAUACAAGUGCAUUAUAACCAACUCUAAUGGACGAGGGGAGGCCAAGCUGAGCUUCAAAGUAGGAGCUUUCAGUCCCCUGUCUGUGACCAACACAUCCCUCAAAACUCUGCACUGUGAGUCAUCACAAUGGUACCCACAGCCCAAGGUCACGUGGCUCAAUGCCACCUCUGGGGAGACCAUUGCCAAUUCCAGCAGUACCACCUAUGAGCCAGGACUUAAUAGUAUGGUGAAGGUGGUAUCAGACCUUAUAAAUGUGUCUAUGAACACACAGUAUGCGUGUAUCAUACAGAACGAACUGGCCAAGGCUGAGGGGGAUGCUCUGCUCACGGCUUCAUCAUUCACAGCACAGACCCGACUGGAGGAACUCAGCUCAGCAUAUAGCGUUACCUCUCCCCUCGUCCUGUCCUGUGUCCUGUCACUGGCAUGUCUCUUUGUGCCCACCCUGCACUGAACAUAGCGAGAAUGCACCUACAGACCAGGAGCCUCUGGGUUUUGGAGACCAACCUGAGCCAAGUGAGGAGAAGUUAUUCCCCAGUCUCCUGGUCCUGUUCGGCUCCCUGUCCCUUUCUCAUUAAUCAGCAAUAUAAGGAAUGGUUGCUGUGAAUUUUGCAGAGAGAACAGGCAGGUAGUUGUACCUUACAGUGGGAUCUGCACAUUCAUGGAGCCAGAUGUGGGGUCUCACCGGUCUCCUCUUCAGAUCGAUAUUAUGGUUCAAUAGACUUAGCACAAGCAGUAACAGACAAUAGUCUCAUUCUCAUGCUGUUCCCUGACACAAUCCUGUUCUUCAUAUUGUUUCUGCCCAUCUGUAUAUGGUCUUGCAAUAUAAUUUAUUAGAACUUUUUUUGCAACAAUUUUGUAUCUAACAGGAAUGGUUUUGGCUUCCUUUCCUGUGAUAAGCCAAUCCCACUAGUUCCACCACCAGAAGUACCAACAGGAAAAUCUGAUAUUAUUACACUGGGAUUGGGAGAAAUAUAAACAGACUUUUCUCUGGGGUGGUGCUUUAGGGGAUUUCCAUGCACCUGCACAAAAUAUGAUGAUCUGUUAAAAUAAAACAUGGCAGCUAAAUGGUUUAAUAUUGAUAAGAACUAUCUAAUGUCUCAAUACAAGUUUUUUCCCCUUUUUUGUGCAAAUGGACCCUCUAAUGGUCCAUUUGCACAAAAAUGGUUUUACUUUAGUUGAAUACAAGUUACACACAUACAGAUACACACACAUGCACUCAAUAUGUACACAUAUUGAUAUAUAUAUGGUACACAUGAACAAGCACUGUCUAACUGUCAACAUGCACUGAGAUAAGACAAAAAUAUAGGCAAAUGUAAGAUGCUACACUCAGAAAACAGCAUAAUGUGAUUUAUAUUGACUGAAGGAUUUAAUUUUUAAAGUGCACUCCCAGCUCACUGCUAACUGUCCCUUUCCAGUGAGCUUCAUUACUUUUAAUAGGAGCCAUCUCGCCACUCGCAGGGACUGCCCCUUUUUUACGAUCAUUUCACCAGGACAGCCCUGCGAGAGUCGGCGAGAAAAGUUAGGUUUAUAUUAUCUAACCCUCUCUCUUCUCUCUCAUUCUCUCUCUCUCUUUUCUCUCUGUCUUUUCUCUCUUCUUCUCUCUCUUCUCUUUCUCUCUUCCUCUCUUAUCUCUCUCUUUUCUCUGUCUUUCUCUCUCUCUCUCCCCCUCUCUCUCUCUCUCUCUCUCUCUCUCCCCCCUCUCUCUCUCUCUCUCUCUCUCUUUUUCUUGCUACUUCUCUCUCUCCUCUCACUGCUUUCUCUCUCUCUCCUCUCACUGUUUAUUCUCUCUCUCCUCUCACUGUUUUCUCUCUCUGUCUCACUAUUUUAUCUUUCUCUCUCUCUCCCCUCUCUCUCUCCUCUCACUGUUCCCUAUCUCUCUCCUCUCACUGUUCUCUCUCUCUCUCUCUUUCUCUCUCUUUCUCUCUUUUUCUUGCUACUUCUCUCUCUCCUCUCACUGUUUUCUCUCUCUGUUUCUCCUCUCACUGUUUAUUCUUUCUCUCCUCUCACUGUUUUCUCUCUCUGUCUCACUGUUUUAUCUCUCUCUCUCUCUCUCUCUCUCUCUCUCUCUCUCUCUCUCUCUCUCUCUCUCCCCCUCUCUCUCUCCUCUCACUGUUCUCUCUCUCCUCUCACUGUUCUCUCUCUCUCUCUCUCUCUCUCUCUCUCUCUCUCUCUCUCCUCUCACUGUUCUCUCUCUCUCUCUCCUCUCACUGUUCUCUCUCUCUCUCUCUCUCUCUCCUCUCACUGUUCUCUCUCUCUCUCUCUCCUCUCACUGUUCUCUCUCUCUCUCUCUCUCUCUCUCUCUCUCUCUCUCUCUCUCUCUCUCUCUCUCUCUCUCUCUCUCUCUCCUCUCACUGUUCUCUCUCUCUUCCUUUUCUCCCAGUUCUAUGACUAAUUGUAUCUGUUUAGUCAUUCACCCUUUGUUUUGUUCAUCACUGAAUCAUGUAUGGAACUAAGACCCCAGUGUGUCAUUUGAGAGGGAAGAUCACUAUUUUUUAUGCUACACCUGCUUCUCUCUAACAUUAAGUUAUAUUUUAUUUUUUAGAUAAAAUCAAUGUUGUAUAUGUUUUUCUGUUCAAUAAUAAAUGUGACUUGUUUUGGAAAAAA